AUGGCGAGGACACUACGCCAAAACCCAAAAAAGUCUGCCAAGGCUUCGCUAAACGCCCACACGGGUGAGAGUUCUAACGGUUCCUCCCAAAGUAAUCUCGCAACAGCCCAAUUUUCCAGCGAGAUCGCUGACCAACCAGCAGUAAAAAUCUUACUACAAGAAGUAAAAAAACUCCAACACUACGCCAAUGGCUUCCAAACUAUACUUCCGGAUCCGGUGAAGCACCCACACCUUUCUUAUCUAUUCGAUGACCCUGUUGGGGAGCGAUUCGGUGUCUAUAUUUUACCCGUUCCUCCAGGACUGAGGAGUUGGAACAUCGAUCGUAUGCCAACUGAACAAGAUCGGGAGUUUAAGUAUAAGAGCGAUAAGGACUUGACGUUUCGGCAUAGACGUAUAAGAGAUGGGGUUCCAACAUCCGCUGAAGUAGAGGCUAGAGAAUGGCAUUAUAUUGUGGGAGAGCCAACGCCUGAUCAAGCCGCUGCCAGGGUCGAGUUCGAGAAUGCACGGGUCCGACAAGAUGCGAUGGGCUAUCAGCGCAACCUAGAGCCCGAUAUUUCGAAAAUGCGUGUCGAUGCCGGUCCCAAGAAAGGAAGCCACCUGGCGAAAGAAACUGCACCAACCGAAGACAGUCAAAUUCCUCACCAAUCCCAGGCCCUAAAAAGAAGAACUCCAUUACCCUCAGGCCGACCUGCUCCUCAGCCAUAUUAUAAAAAUGUAAAUGGCGAGGAUAGAUUGACUUUGAAAAUAAGAACAAAAAUACACGCCCCGGAAGAGAGCUCCGACGCCUUACAGAAGCGGAAGGCAACAGAUACUGAGCCCAAGAGAACUACUCCUGAUACGAAAGAACCUUACAAUUUUAAGAGAAAGGCCGUCGAACAAAUGAAUGCAAAGGUCGCCAAGAAGCAGAAGAUAAUGGCAGCCUCGUCAUCCUCAAUAUCUCAUCCUUCGUAUCCAGCAGCACGCAACAGACAUGCUGCGAUGACGUCGGUCCAAGCUUUACUUGCCGACACCCCAGGUCAACAAGCGCAGAACGCAGGCGAAAUAUCAGCAUCUGACGAGAGACGAGCCCAAUUGCAAUCCAUGGGCCUCACUACAGAAGAAUUCCCAGAUAAGAUCCAGCUCCCUGGUUUGUGUGCUGAACCUCCAAGGAAAGGCCGAACAGAUCAAAAGCCUUCCUGGGCUUGCAUUGCUUGGAACCUUCUAGCCAGAGCACCCAAUCACAAAUUGUCUCUGAAUAAAAUACGUGAUCUGGGAACCACGUGGUUUCCAGAGCUAAAAGAAACAAAAUCGCAGACCUUGAGAGCAUGUCUAUGCAGAAAGGAUUGUUUCUACUCCAUGGGUGACACCAAUUGGCGCCUGAGAGGACAAAAUGAGCCUCAACCCCAAAGGAACCCGGGCCCAAAAAGAGGAAAGAAAAUCGUUGACCGCCAAGCUGAAGAGGAACUUGACAAUCAAGAUAACGAAUACGAUGAUGAAGUCGAAGACCAGAAGCCCGAUGACAAACAAUAA